AUGCACCUCACAUUCUCUGAGCCCACGCAGGAGUGGUACAACCGCACACGCUUCCAGCUCAGCAUGUUCAGCAUGGACUUCGCCAUUUGGAAGGCAUUAGUCGGGUUCUGGCUGCGCACACUUCCCCCUCAGAUGCACGCUCGCAUGUGUCGUGCUGCGCUGCCGCAGGACGACAAGAAGAAAAAAAUGAUAAAGGAGGAGAUGGAGGCGCUAAGGGAGUUUAUUGAGGAUGCCAUGGGCAUUGAUCUGCCGGAUGCACUCCCUGACUUGGAGAUGUGA